ACUAUAUGCAAUUUUACUAAAUUAUCCUUGGCGAUUUUAGCGUCUCCACCAACCCCAGCUGCCGGCCCUCGAUUUCUCUCUGCACAUGCUGCUGAAUUCAGGGAAAGAAAGUCAGAAAUAAAGUUUUAAAGAGAGAAAAUUAAAUGGCUGGAAAGUUUAGACAGAGACAGAGACAGAGACAGAGACAGAGGGGAAAAAAUGAUGAGUGUUUGAACUUUGAAGAGAGAGUUUCAGAGUAAAGUUUUUUCCAUUUCUCUUACUUUUGAACUGCAGCGAUGCUUUAGGAUCAAAUCCAGCCAUGAAGAAGGCUCCACUGAACAAGCUGCCCCUGACGCUCUCGCUUCCUACACCGGAAGUCUCCUACUCCAAAUUCCUCACUGCAAGUGGAACUUUCAGGGAUGGGGAUCUCUUUGUAAACAAGGACGGUCUCCGCAUAGUCCCUCAAGAUGAAAAUGAUCAUCCACCGCCUAUCCAGCCAUUGGACAACCAAUUGACAUUGGCAGAUUUAGACACCAUUAAAGUGAUUGGAAAGGGUAGUGGGGGCAUUGUGCAACUUGUUCGCCACAAGUGGACAGGGCAGUUUUUUGCAUUAAAGAUUAUUCAAAUGAACAUUCAAGAAACUGUUCGGAGGCAAAUUGUGCAGGAGCUGAAGAUAAAUCAGGCUUCUCAAUGUCCACAUGUUGUGGUGUGUUACCAUUGUUUUUAUGACAAUGGUGUCAUCUCUAUAGUCUUGGAGUACAUGGAUGGUGGUUCUCUUGCUGACUUUAUAAAGAAAGUUAGACGUAUGCCAGAGCCAUAUCUUGCUGCCAUUUGUAAGCAGGUUCUUAAUGGUAUGAUUUAUCUCCAUCAUGAGAAGCACAUCAUUCACAGGGACAUAAAACCAUCUAACUUACUGGUCAAUCAUAGAGGUGAAGUCAAGAUAACAGAUUUUGGUGUCAGUGCUGUGUUAACAAGUACCACUGGCGAGCGUGACACGUUUGUUGGGACGUACAGUUAUAUGUCUCCAGAACGGAUCAGUGGGGGCUCAUAUGGUUAUAAAAGUGAUAUCUGGAGCUUGGGAAUAGUCAUGCUGGAGUGUGCAACUGGCUCUUUUGCAUAUGUACCACCUAAUCCAGAGGAAGGAUGGACUAAUUUUUAUGAGCUUUUGGAGACAAUUGUUGAUGAGCCUGCACCAUGUGCACCUUCUGAUCAGUUCUCACCUGAGUUCUGUUCUUUCAUUUCAUCAUGUGUACAGAAAGAUGCAAAGGAUCGACCAUCUGCUCAAGAGCUCAGGGAGCACCCUUUCAUUGCUAAAUAUGAUGAUUGGAACAUUGAUCUAGCCUCCUAUUUCACUAGUGUGGGAUCUCCGCUAGCUACGUUCUGAACCUCAAAUCUGUUUUUUAUGUAUUGCCAUCUGUUUUUGAUGUAACCAACCUUUCGAGUGAGACUUACAUUUGAUAUUAGCUCAAUAAGAGAUGAGGAAGAACAUAUUGUUUGGUUCAUGCUCAGAUUCUUUAUUAAUGAUGCAUGUAACUUGGUGCGGUUAUCUUUCUAUAGUUUAUAAGUUUUUGCUAUUUUGCGACAAGGGCAAUAAUAUUACAUCCUUCUUGUUUUUACUGUAACA